AAAGUGCGGCGAACACAGCCUCCCGGGGGCGAGCCGGUAGCGGGGAGGAGUCCAGUCACGAAUUGCCGGUUGGUCCGCCCAGUCGCUGCCGGCUGCAAGGCGCGGCCAAUAGGCUGCGUGAUCCCGGCCACGCCCGCGCGAGCUCUCUUCUCGCGAGGCCGGCUAGGCCCGAAUGUCGUUAGCCGUGGGGAAAGAUGGCGGAAAAUUUAAAAGGCUGCAAUGUGUGUUGCAAGUCUUCUUGGAAUCAGCUGCAGGACCUGUGCCGCCUGGCCAGGCUCUCCUGCCCUGCCCUUGGUGUCUCUAAGAGGAAUCUCUAUGACUUUGAAGUUGAGUACCUGUGCGAUUACAAGAAAAUCCGUGAACAAGAAUAUUACCUGGUAAAGUGGCGUGGAUACCCUGACUCAGAGAGCACCUGGGAACCACGGCAGAAUCUCAAAUGUGUGCGCAUUCUCAAGCAGUUCCACAAGGACUUAGAAAGAGAGCUGCUCCGGCGGCACCACCGGUCAAAGCUCCCCCGGCACCUGGACCCAAGCUUGGCUAACUACCUGGUGCAGAAGGCCAAGCAGAGGCGGGCACUUCAGCGCUGGGAGCAGGAACUCAAUGCCAAGCGUAGCCACCUGGGACGCAUCACUGUGGAGAAUGAGGUGGACCUAGAUGGCCCCCCACGGGCAUUUGUGUACAUCAAUGAGUACCGAGUUGGUGAGGGCAUCACUCUCGACCAAGUGGCCGUGGGCUGCGAGUGCCAAGACUGUCUCUGGGCACCCACUGGAGGCUGCUGUCCUGGAGCAUCCCUGCACAAGUUUGCCUACAACGACCAGGGCCAAGUGCGGCUUCGAGCUGGGCUGCCCAUUUAUGAGUGCAACUCACGCUGCCGCUGUGGCUAUGACUGCCCCAACCGAGUGGUACAGAAGGGCAUCCGCUAUGACCUCUGCAUCUUCCGUACAGAUGACGGACGUGGCUGGGGUGUCCGCACACUUGAGAAGAUCCGCAAGAACAGCUUUGUCAUGGAGUACGUAGGAGAGAUCAUUACUUCAGAGGAGGCGGAACGGCGAGGCCAGAUUUAUGACCGCCAAGGUGCCACAUACCUGUUCGACCUGGACUAUGUGGAGGAUGUGUAUACUGUGGAUGCCGCCUAUUAUGGCAACAUCUCUCACUUUGUCAACCAUAGUUGUGACCCCAACCUGCAGGUGUACAACGUCUUCAUAGACAACCUUGACGAGCGGCUGCCCCGCAUCGCUUUCUUUUCCACAAGAACCAUCCGGGCAGGCGAGGAGCUCACCUUUGAUUACAACAUGCAAGUGGACCCGGUGGACAUGGAAAGCACCCGCAUGGAUUCCAACUUUGGCCUGGCUGGGCUCCCUGGCUCCCCUAAGAAGCGAGUCCGUAUUGAAUGCAAAUGUGGGACUGAGUCCUGCCGCAAAUACCUCUUCUAGUGCUGAGAAGUCUGAGGCCAGAUUGACUGAGGGGGCCUGAAGUCACCUGCCCUCCCCUACUGCUGCCCUCCUGUUGGGGAUUGGCUCUCUCACCUGCCUCCACCUGCUCCACUUGCUCUGCCUGCUCCAGGGUCAGGGCCUGUUGAGGACUGACUCCAGGAGUCUGUGUGUGUUUCAGCCCUUCUGUGGGUUGCACUUACAAACCUUCACCCACCUUCAUUGAUCACAUCAAGAUUUUCUGCAGUUAGGAUUGGGGCCUACUGUAGAGGGCCAGAGAGGGUGGAGACCCUGUCCAGCCUACAAUAAAAAGCUGUGUCUGUACUUGCUUCUGCCUGAAGCCCAAGGACCCUACUGCAGGCCUCCAACCCCAAGGCAGCCAGACAUUGAGGGUAGAGUUCCCAGCUGCAACAAAGCUGGUUGCCAGACCACAGAAUCUUUGUACUAAUGGAAAAGGGGGUCUCCUGGGUGAGGGACUGAGGCUGGAUCUGCUCACUGUGCCAACAGUGCUGGCUAGUGCUGACAAUGAGAUCUGUGCAAGGCUGCCCAGCUGAGAGGUGGAUGCCAUGUGCCACUCGAAGGGGGAUGGGUGUCUGUGGCCCACUGAGUAGUGAGCAGAAGGCGGUCCUGCCAGCCAGCUCUGGAGUGGGCUAGGUGCAAGUUCUGCCUUCAGGCACCAGUGGUGUCCUGAGCUCUCAGGAGUAUCAAGGGUACUUGGCUGUGAUAACUGCUGAGGCUAGUGGAGAUGGAAUUGAGACCUAGAUAGCUGUAGAUAGCACUUAGGACAAUGAUAUGCGUUGUUUAGAAGCUGGUGAGGUGUCCGGCACUGGGUAAAGCACCUGGUCCAUGUGGAUUGUCUCAGGGAAGCUUUGAAAAUCACAGAGGUGGUUUUCCAGGAAAAGGCCUAUGUGGCACAAGGCAAAGUACUGUAUAGUAAAGUCCCCAACUUAGGAACAUUCAGCUUGUGAACUUUCACAUGUGUUCUAUAUAAGAUUCACUGUUGGGUCAUCAACAAACCUGAUUUACAAACAGAAUGAUAGGGGAGAGCUUACCCACUAGGAUAUGUUGAGGCAAGAAGCCCCUGGUGGCCAACCCCAAGCUUCAGCCCUCUGCGCUCACCCCCAGGCCCACAUCUCAAAAAUUAACUGCCUUCAAAUGUAUAAAAUGUUAAGCCUUGGCCUUUGCUCUCCCGGCCCUGUAAGAUCUCUAGAAAGCCUUUCCUGAUCACCUGUGCCCAGAGUGCCCCUCUGUGAGACUGUGUACCCUGCUACCAGAAGCCAGAUCUGUGUGUCUGUGUGUGUGUCCUGCUCUUGUCUCCCAGGCUGCCCUUCAGGCAUGGGCUGAAGCUGGUUCUCCUCUUGUAAACCCCUCAGCCCUACCCAGCCUGGGAUGGGCACCAAUAAACUGUGUGUUG